AUGGGACGACUGUUGAACAGAUGUUUCUAUACUGGGCCUGUUGUUGAUGUCUAUUAUUUAUCAGCGAACGCGCAACACCAGUACUUUGACACGAAGGAGCGACGUGCGAUCUCAUGUGUCAGCUGCGGCGACCCGCUACCGGAGGAGUUCCAUGAUCUGGUCAAGCUGGUUAGCAUGGCUGUCAAGAAGGAUGCGAAGGCCGGCACUGUGGUGGCGAGGUUCUACGAGCUGCUCCUCCUGGUUAAGAUCUUCAGGGCCGAGUCGGAGAUUGAGAAGCUAGCCAAGACCGAAUUGCGAGGCGCUGGUGAAGGAGUUCCUCAAGAAGGGCAACAUCACCAGAGGCCAGGGCGACACCAACGCGAAGCUACUAAAGACGGCCAUGCAAAACAGCUUGAACCUUGA